GAGAAGACUGAGAAGCAGGGUGAGGGGUGCUGAGAGUCUGUGGCAGAGGAGGGCAAAACCAAGGAGCAGAAAGAGGAGGCUUGGGGGUCACAGAGCCACUCAGCCAUGCUGGGAGCAAAGCAACACUGGCCACCAGGUCCUCCACUCAGCCCUGGGCUGCCCUUGGCCCUGACUCUUCUGGUUCUCAGGGCCGGGUGGGCCCAAGAGGGGACAGAGCCAGUCCUCCUGGAAGGCGAGUGCCUGGUGGUCUGUGAGCCGGGCCGAGCUGCUGCAGGGGGUCCCGGGGGAGCAGCCCUGGGAGAAGCACCCCCUGGAAGAGUGGCAUUUGCUGCAGUCCGAAGCCACCACCAUGAGCCAGCAGGGGAAAUCAGCAACGGCACGGGUGGAGCCAUCUACUUCGACCAGGUCCUGGUGAACGAGGGCGGUGGCUUUGACCGAGCCUCAGGCUCCUUCGUGGCCCCUGUCCGAGGUGUCUACAGCUUCCGGUUCCAUGUGGUGAAGGUGUACAACCGCCAAACUGUCCAGGUAAGCCUGAUGCUGAACACAUGGCCUGUCGUCUCGGCCUUUGCCAAUGACCCAGACGUGACCCGGGAGGCAGCCACCAGUUCUGUGCUACUGCCCCUGGAUCCUGGGGACCGGGUGUCUCUGCGCCUGCGUCGAGGGAACCUACUCGGUGGCUGGAAAUAUUCGAGCUUCUCUGGCUUCCUCAUUUUCCCACUCUGAGGGCUGAAGCUUUUCAAAGACAGAAAUCUAGCCCCUGACCUCUGCCCUCUACCCUUUCCUGCCCCAGAAGCAGUCUCUUUAGGGCAGGAGAAAGACUCCCUCUGGCUGCCUUUAUUCCACUGCCUUGCAUGGGACCCUGUGCCAAACAUCCAAGGUGAGGAGUAGAGCUGCAGUGUCUUGGGACCUGUCCCUCUUACCCCACCCCCACAGUUGCCUCCCAGCCUCCCACUGCCUUGAUUUCUGCCUGCAGCCCUAGAAUCAGAGCAAGAUUUUCCAGGGAGGGAGGCGUAGACUACUUUGCAGUCUCUGCUUCCUGUCCUCCACCCCCAACCCAGCUUCCCGCUCAGUGCUAUUUGGGAACAGGUGGUACAGGUGAGCCUGACAGGCCCCUACAGGGGACCAGAUGGACCAGCUUCAGCAUAUCCGGCAGGCUCCUUCCUGUGAGGAGUGCCAGCAUCACAAAUCAUACUCAGAAGCUGAGCCAGCACUGCGAGGACUAGGGCCAGAGGCUUAGCCACCAGCAGAUGCAUGGUAAGGGCCACAGAGCAGCCCAGAGCCUGUAGCUGGUAAGGCAGGAAGGGGGCGUGCCCUCAGCCUGAACAUGGUACACAUUUUUUUGUGUACAUUGGAGCCACCAGCAGAUAGUGAACCCCAGGCAUUUAUCUGUGCCAGAUCCCAGGUGGACUCUGCCCCUCACCUCCCCAUCCAAGACAUGGAUAUAUGUUUGCUUUGGCAGAGAGCAGGUAAACAGAGCUUCCUUUGGCAGCUGGAGGUGGAGGCAGGUCACAUGUGGGCAAGUAUAGAUCUCCAGGCCAUGGAACACAUCAAUGCCUGUGGCCGCCUCCUAGAACUGCUCCAUCUAUGUAGUCGGAACUUUCAUCACUCCAUGCUCUCCCCAUCACCUCCUUCCUCCCAGCUCUCUCAGUGACCUUCACUGUAGCUGUUCUACACUGACCUGCAACGUCUCCUCUUUCUCUUAAUUUGUGCCGUCUUAGUCUCCUUCCUAAACUUCCUAUUACCUUGGAUGCCAUGAUUCAUCCCUUCAGCCACUCUCCUGCCAGUAUUAAAAAACUUGUGUCACCUCUCUGUCCCAUUGGCCCAGCAUGGAUGAAUCUAUCAAUAAAGUAAUUAGAGAAUGAU